UUGACAAUAUAACAACUGUAAAGUAAAUAAUGUGUACCCUAUCGACUGUAAACAACUAUACAAUUUUAAAGUGACAAAUUUCGAGUUUCGACGGAAGUUGUUUAACACCAUAGAUGGACGUUAAAAAAUUACCGWUAUUUUAUAUUAAAAGUUUUAAAAUAUAACUGUUGCUGUUAUGCGUUCAGAAGUAAUUUGUCUCUUUCGUCACUAAAACGUACUUGAUUUUUUUACCGGAWUAAUGGCCACGUACCGUUCGACCAUCCGCCGUUGAUGGAUCCGUUUCGUCAGGMUACUCAAGCUAGUCAGUAGCUAAUAUGGAGUCCAAGUUUUCGGGAUUUGCCAAAGAGACCACUGCCAGACCGGCGUGUAAAAAAUGCGGUUAUUCCGGUCACUUAACGUUUCAAUGUCGGAAUUUCAUAAAAAUCGAUCCCAACAAAGAUAUUGUGUUAGACGUGAGCAGCACAAGCAGUGAACCGGAUGAGGAGUAUGUGACACCACUGGUACAGCUGCGCGAGACUGAGUUAGCAUUGAAAUUAAAAGAGGCGGCAUCCAAAAAAAAGAAAAAGAAGAAGAAGAAAUCAAAGAAACGCAAGCACAGUACGUCUGACAGCGAGUCUUCUGAUGACGAGGCAGUAGAGCGAAAAAAGAGACAUAAGAAACACAAGAAACAUAAAAAAGAAAAAAAAUCUAAAGAUUAAGUAGUAAAUAAGUAGAUAUUUUGUAGGUUUUAAAUAUUAACUAAAAUAUUUAAAAUUUCCAWAAUUUUAUUUUAUGCAGUUUAUAUGACCCUAUGUAUUCAAAAUAAAUCUUAUAAAAUGUAUCUAUAUUUUUAAAAUAUUUAAAUARUUUUCACCUUGCAAAUUGUGACAUUACAUUCAAAUAAUAAGUAGUGGGAGAUUAAAACAAAGGUAAAUAUGUAAAAACAUACUUAAUCUAUAUCAAAAAUUCCACAAAUUGUACAGUCCUCCAUUAUAAAUGUUCAAUUUCAUAUUGUGUCAACAUAUAUUUUGAACUGCACAACUAUUCUGACAAACAAAAUAUGACUUUGUUCUUUAGUAAUUAAUUAAAUGGUUUUAUACUUGAAAAGUAAUAUUAUUU